AAUGAAGUGUGGACUUCUUAAACAUGGCCGCCGCGGGCUGUAUUGGAAAGGCGCCGCUGAGACUGAGGUGAUGUGAAGUCCUGCGGUGUCCUGACAGGAGGGAUAAGCGGUGACAUGUGGAGUGGGUGACCCCGGAGAGGAGUUGGGUCUCUUCUACUCGGCUUCAUCAUCACCAUCAGUGGUGAUCUGGAGGAACCAUGCUCGCUGCGGGGAAGGUUGUCACCAGGCUGGUGUCGCACUGUCCUUGGCACCGUUGUCACCGGAGUCUGAGCAGGAUAAGUGUGCGAGAAGCCCUCGCCGGUCAUGACGGCAACGCAAAGAAAGUAAAAGUCCAGGGUUGGGUGCGCUCUGUCCGGGACCAGAAAGAAGUUUUAUUCCUUCAUAUCAAUGACGGAUCUUCUCUACAAAACCUCCAGAUUGUGGCCGAGCCCAGCCUCAGACACAGCUCCAUGGGUUUCGGCAGUGCGGUGGAAGUGUUGGGGGCUCUGGUGAGUAGUGUCGGCACCAAGCAGAGUGUGGAGGUGAAGGCGGAAGAAAUUCGAGUGAUUGGAGAAUGUGACACCAAAGAUUUUCCAUUUAAAAUUAAACAGCGCCACCCCCCAGAAUAUGUGCGUCAGUUUCCUCACCUGCGCUGCAGGACCAACACGUUUGGGUCCUUACUGAGAAUCCGCAGCGAAGCCACGGCGGCCAUCCAUGAGUAUUUCAAGAGUCAUGGAUAUAUUCACACCCACACCCCAAUAAUCACCUCUAAUGACUGCGAGGGCGGGGGAGAGCUCUUCCAGGUCGAGGCUGGGAAGAAGGACCCUGCUCCAGGAGACGGAGGGUUUUUCGGGGUUCCAGCGUUCCUCACUGUGUCGGGUCAGCUACAUCUGGAAGUUAUGUCAGGCGCCUUCACAAGAGUGUUCACCUUCGGGCCGACGUUUAGAGCCGAGAAUUCGCAAAGCCGGCGACAUUUGGCGGAGUUUUACAUGGUAGAGGCUGAAAUCUCCUUUACAGAGAGCCUGGAGGACAUCAUGCAGGUGAUGGAGGACUUAUUUAAAAGGACAACCUCCGCAUUGCUUGACAAAUGUGCUGAAGAUUUGGCUUUAUUUUUCAAAUACGUCUCCCCAGGACAGAAAGACAGAAGUGAGCAGCUAAUAAAGAACAAGUUUACUGUAAUGUCUUACACAGAAGCGAUGGAAAUUCUACGGAAAGCUCCGGUCACCUUCCGGUACAGCACAGAGUGGGGUUGUGAUCUACAGACGGAGCAUGAGAAAUAUUUGGUCAGAUAUUGCGGGGACGUCCCAGUAUUUGUCAUCAACUAUCCAUAUGACCUCAAACCGUUCUACACUCGUGACAAUGAGGACGGCCCCCGGCGCACAGUGUCGGCGGUGGAUCUGCUGGUUCCGGGGAUCGGGGAGCUGUUCGGGGGAAGUCUGAGAGAGGAGAGACUUCCCGUACUGGAGUCACGUCUUGACAGGUUGGGACUGACAGACAUGUACCAGUGGUACCUUGAUUUGCGUAAAUUUGGGUCUGUUCCACAUGGUGGUUUCGGGAUGGGAUUUGAACGCUACCUGCAGUGCAUCCUGGGAGUUGACAACAUAAAGGACGUCAUACCGUUUCCAAGAUAUCCCUACUCCUGCCUCUUAUGAGGCUUAGCGUUGACCAGACACUGGACAUUCCUAACGGGUGUGGUUUUGGUAGAUGCCAAGGGAUGGCGAGCCGACCUCGGUUACCAAGAUGCUUGUAUAGGACAUGGAUGACUACAUGGAAAAUGUUAAUUGGCGGACUGUUUCGCUGUUGCACUGGACUGGAUUUGGUACUUUUUGGGUUACUGGCCUGUAACAAAUAUUUAGAUCAGUAGUUCCAACCAA